UGAAGACAGUUUAUAAACAAUAUGUGAGGAAGGGUUAACCCCGUAGACCAGCUCUGCCCACAUGGAAACAAACCUCUACCCUGUUAACUGUCUGCACAAAGAAAAGGUAUGCUAAUGACUUUGGUUUAGAAUGUGAACUCAGAUUAGUUAUAAUUGUUGUCAAUGUUAGGAAUAAAAACUGGAGACAAUUUGUUGUGCUGUUAUGCUCAGGUUAAAAUUUCAGAUGUAUUUAAUGUUUCUUUAAUAUGUUCUACACAAAUCAAUCGCAGACGAACAUCACUGAUGGACUGCAGUAUCAGGGAUUACUGGGAUUAGUGUUGUUUUCCAUUGUAACUACAGUGCCAUGCUGUGUGUUUCUCUGCAUUAAUGGGACCCUGUUAUUCACCUUAAGGAGUAAACCAGUGUUUCAUGAGACCUCCCGUUAUAUUCUUCUGUAUAACCUCCUUUUUGCAGACACUGUACAGUUGGCACUGAGCCAGCUACUGUACCUACUAUCUGCUUGUAGAAUAAUGCUGACGUAUCCUGUGUGCGGUGCUCUAAUCCUCCUCAGCAGUCUCACACACAAAAUCUCCCCUCUCACACUGGUGGUGAUGUGUUUUGAGAGAUAUGUCGCUGUGUGCUACCCACUGAGGCACGCUACCAUCGUCACUGUCAGAAACACAGGGGUGGCCAUCAUUGUGGUUUGGGCCUUCAGUUUACUAAAUGUCCUCACUCGAGUUAUUUUGCUGUUAAAUUUUUCAUUUGAAGAAUUGCAGAGCCCGCAGAUGACAGACUUUUGUGGCAAAAAUAAUAUGUUGCUUGAUGCAAUGUCUGAUCUUUAUGACAAAGUGUCUACUUAUUUUAUGUUUGUAUCAUCUGGCAUGGUAAUCGCUUCUUCCUAUGUUGGUGUGAUGAUAGCAGCCAGAUCGGCCUCCACAGACAAAGCUUCAGCCCGUAAGGCUCGUAACACACUGUUGCUGCAUCUGGUGCAGCUGGGCCUCAGUCUCUCCUCAACUAUACAUAAUCCCUUGCUUUUGUCUAUCUCCAAAAAACUAGACAGGGUCAUAAUUGUGCACAUCCAGAUUGUUAUUUAUGUUUGUGUUAUCAUCCUUCCCAAAUGUCUGAGUGCUCUCAUCUAUGGUCUCAGAGAUCAGACCAUCAGACCUGUCCUUAUGUACAACCUUUGUUGUCAGAGGAGAUGCUCAUCUUUGUUCUAAGUCAUCCAAACCAAGGCUAAAAUUGGCAAACUUGUCACUUAACAUAUGUAACUUCCUAACAAAUCUCCAUUUAUUCAACUUAGUAGAGAAUGCGCAGUGUGAAGAUUUCAUUUUAAAAAGUCAAGUGAAAUUUGCUGAUGCUAUUCAUGAUCUGUUGUAUAUAAACUAUGUACUAUACCCCCUCUUUCUGACUGUGUAUGUCACAAGAAGAUAUGACAUCUGACUUCUAGAAAAUCAUCUUUUCUAUUAUUGACAAUUGGAUAUUUAUGUUUACCAGUCAUAGACCAUUGAGUUAAAAUGCAAAGUGUGUAUGUGUUAAUUUAUAAAUGGAAACUAUCUGCAUGGGCAGAUACCACUACAGGGAAGUGAGAAAAUGUUGUGUUUUUUGGGUGAACCAACUCUUCAACAUAAUGUUGCAUGACUACGUGUCAUCAUUUAAUAUUAGCAUUUUAUCAUGUUCACAUUCAGCACGUAACCUGUGUAUAGUGUAUGUCAUCAAGUGCAUUAAAUGGUUGUUUGCUAAUA